UACCCACUUUAGCGUGACACCAUUUUGAACCACGGAACCUGUGAACAAAGAGUCGACAACGGCAUAGAAAUCAUCAAAUCAUGGACUCCACUGAUACAAGCCAGUCUCCUUAUGUUUCUGAAUUAAAAAUUGAGCUAUCGAAGAUUGAUAAUAAUGAUUUUGUACACGCCACACGUCUUCUUACAGAAGAAACUAAGAGAGUUGAAUCUGGAGACAAGUACAAAAAUGUACCUAUGGUUGAGCUUCAUCAUGACAAGCCUCACAGCAAUGCUGUAAAGAUAAGGAUUCCAGUCAAAGAAUUCCCAAAGGUGAACUUUUCUGGAAAGUUGCUAGGACCAAAAGGAAGUACCCUUAAACAGCUCCAACAAGAAACAGGGUGCAAGCUGUCUAUUCUUGGCAAAGGAUCAAUGAGAGAUAAAGUUAAGGAAGAAGAGCUUAGAAAAGAAGGCGGCAAGUAUGCACAUUUGAAUGAAGAGUUACAUUUAAUGGUGGAGUGUUUUGCUGAGACAGUUGAUGCCUAUGGAAGACUUGCAAACGCCAUUACCAAAUUGAAAGAAUUUAUGAACCCAGAUGCUGAUCCACAGGCUUUGCAGGGUAUGAUGGCUGCCCAGAUGGAUGAGAGAGGCUUUUUCAAUGGUGAGGGCCAUGCUGGACGUGGUGGCCCUGGUCCUAGAGGGGCUCCAGGGGGAAGGGGAGGCAUCUUGAAUACUCCUGGAGGUAGAGGUGGAAUGCCACCUGGCAGGGGAGGAGGUUCAGCUCCACCAGUUGGAAGAGGGACCCCACCACCAAGAGGAGGUCUAGCACCAAGAGGUGCCCCAUCUCAAAGAGGGGCACCUCCCCAACGUGGGGCGCCAGCUCCUCGUGGUGUUCCCCCUCCCCGUGGUGUUCCAACUAUGCGAGGUGCUCCUGCACCAAGAGGGGCACCCCCUGCUAGAGGAGCACCAGUUGGGAGAGGGGCAGCACCACCAAGCAGAGGGGCUCCUGCUUCCAACAGGGGGCGAGCUAUGCCACCACCAGUAUCAUUAUCAAGGGCACCACCUGCUUUAUCAGACUAUGAUGAUUAUGGCACAGAAUCUGCUUACAGUCAAGAUCCAUAUGCCCAGUCAUAUACUGCACAAGAGAGCUAUGAUGAUGCCUACACCAGGAGAGACCCAUACGCUGAAGAGCAAUACCAGGAACCAGUUUCUGCUGCAGGAGAUACCCAAUACUUUGAUUAUGGACAUGGAGCUCAAUCAUACACAGAUGAAUAUGAUACCUCACGGAUACAAUCAAGACCACCACCACAUACAUCUGGUUAUGACAGUCGUGCUAUGAAAGCCCCACCACCAAUAGCCUCAAGAGGUGCACGCGGUGCCAGAACACAUCCAUAUGAUACAACAGCACGACCAGGUGUUGCACCAAGUCGCUACAGCAGUUACUGAAGACAUCUUAAAUCACCAAUAGACAUCUAUUCUUAAUGUUGUUGUAUGUUGAACCUAUACAAGCGAGUCUGCGAACAUGGAGGUACAUGUUUACGCUUUUUUGCGUAGAUUUGCUGCCAACUUAAGAUUUCAGUUUUACAAUUUUAGUUCAUUACUCUAAAUCAGGGAAGGAAAUCUUAAAACGUGUAAUAUAAUUUGACUUUUACACCUGCAAAAGUACAACAAACAAAAACAAACUUAAAAUCAUGUCCUAUAUAAAUGUUCUUAGUGGUUUUUAAAUCAGAAAAGCUUUUAGGUUGUAAUAUAGGUGUGUCAAGGUUAAUUUUUUUAAAACAGUGUUUUAUAAAUUUGUAAAUAACUGCUUUUUGUGAUAACAGACUAAAGUAUUGCAUAAUUAAUGCCAAACAAAACUUUAAAAAAAAAGUAAUAAUAGAAACUACUUCUGUAACUAAACUUAUAAAAUAUUCAACUGUUUUAGUUGGUUAAACAAAGAGAAGCAUAUAAAGGAAGUUAAAUAACUAAAACAAUAAAUACACUCACUAAUUAAUAUGCCAAAUUCAUUUCAUAUAUAUUGUAAUACAUGUUCAGUUGUAAUAUUGUCGUCAUUUUUUGUAUUCUCAUUUCAAUAAAGCAUAAAACUCCUGAAA